AGACAAGACGUAAACAAGUGAAGUAAUUUAUCAUAAAAUAAGGAUGGAUUUGAAGGUUCCAACUAUAGAUUUUAGGAACUAUUCAGAGUGGAAAAAAGGAAGUGAAAAAUGGAAUUUAGUGAGGGAUGGAGUUUUCAAGGCUUUAGAAAAGUAUGGUUGUUUUGAGGCUUUACUUGAUGGAGAAAUUCCCAAAGAACAAUUAUAUGAAAAGUUGAAACAAGUAUUUAAUUUGAAUUUGGAUGAAAAAUUUGAAAAAUCACAAAAUGUGUUGGUAGGUUAUACUAGAGAUAAUCCUAGAACACCACUUCAAGAGAGAAUGAUGAUUGGCAAUGUCCUCACUCAUGAUGCUGUUCAGAAUUUUUCCUACAUCCUUUGGCCCCAGGGAGACCCUAAAUUCUGUGAUUUGGUGCUUGGUUACUCCAAGAAAUUAUUAGAAUUUGAUGAUAUGGUAAGAAUAAUGGUAUUUGAGAAAUUGGGAUUGGAGAGAUACUUGGAUGAUCACAAAAAAUCAGGUGAUUACUUGCUUAAUUGUAUGAAGUACAAAGUAGGUGAGGAGACAAAUGUUGGAGUACCUCCUCAUACUGAUAAAAUCAUUUCAACCAUUUUGAGCCAACAUGAUCAACAUGUCAAUGGCCUUCAAAUUUUGGACAAAAAUGGGCAAUGGAUUGAUCUUCAAUACUCAUCACCUCAUUCAUACAUGUACUUUGUUGGUGAUUGUUUCAAAGCAUUUACAAAUGGUAGGUUUCACUCUUCUACUCAUAGAGUUAUUAUGGGAAAUGAAGAGAGGUUUUCUAUGGGAUUUACCACAAUUCCUAAACAAGGCUAUAUCAUUAAAGUCCCAGAGGAACUUGUUGAUGAACAUCAUCCUUUGCUCUACAAGCCCUUUGAUGGUUCCAAAUAUCUUCCAUUUUAUAUGUCUGGGGUUAGACGCGGCGUUGUUGAAACUAUUGAGAGCUUUUGUGGUGUCUCACCUAAUACUCAAGACUUGUCUUAGAUACAAACAUUUCAUUGUUGCAAUAGUUUAAAGUAGUAUUUUCAUUAUCAUGUAACUUGAGAGUUUCUUUGGUGUUUGUUAACAUUCAAAACUUGUCUUAGAUACUGACAUUUGAUUGUUGGCCCCUCUUGUAGUUCUACCCCUCUUAAUACUAUAUUUGAAUGUGCACUUGACAACUUAUUAUCGUA